AAGCGCUGGGCGGGGUCGCGAGGCAGCACGUCAGCUCUCGCUGUUCGCAAGCACCCUGGCCGAUCCCCUAGUCUGCAUCCGGGUCGGGAGCCCUCCUCCAGUGGGCGCGAUGCCGAGGAAGCAGUGACCCCCGGAGAGGCCGGAGCGCGGGCGCUGGGAACUGCUGCCAUGUCCCACCAACCACUUAGCUGCCUGACUGAAAAGGGGGACAGCCCCAUUGAAACCACAGGAAAUGGACCCCCCCAUCUAGCUCACCCAAGCCUGGACACGUUCACACCAGAGGAGCUGCUGCAGCAGAUGAAAGAGCUCCUAACUGAGAAUCAUCAGCUGAAAGAAGCCAUGAAGCUAAAUAAUCAAGCUAUGAAAGGGCGAUUUGAGGAGCUUUCAGCCUGGACAGAGAAACAGAAGGAAGAACGCCUUUUUUUUGAGAUCCAGAGCAAAGAAGCCAAAGAGCGCCUAAUGGCUUUGAGUCAUGAAAAUGAAAAAUUGAAGGAAGAACUUGGAAAACUAAAGGGAAAAACAGAAAGGUCAUUCGAGGACCCUACUGGGGACCCCAAGGUCCCCAAGGCAGAAGCAGAACAGGAAAUGGAACAGCUGAAGACCCAGGUGGCACGCCUUCAAGCUGAAAAGGCAGAUCUGCUGGGCAUUGUGUCUGAACUGCAACUCAAGCUGAACUCAAGCGGCCCCUCUGAAGACUCCUUUGUUGAAAUUAGGAUGGCUGAAGGAGAAGCAGAUGUGGCAAUGAAAGAAUUGAAGACUCGUCCUGGGCGCACAAGAACUGAGUCUAUUGACAUGAGCAAAUCUGCAGAAGGUACCAGAAAUUAUUUGGAGUUUGAGGAAUUAACUGUGAGCCAGCUCAUGCUUUGUCUGAGGGAAGGAAACCAGAAGGUGGAGAGACUUGAAAUUGCCCUCAAAGAAGCCAAAGAAAGAAUUUCAUAUUUUGAAAAGAAAGUCAAUGAUCGUUCUGAAAUUGAGACCCAGACAGAGGAGAGCAAAGAAAAAGAGAAAGAAGAGGAGAAAAGCACAGAAACUAUUGGAAGUGAAGUGGAAACACUGAACCUUCAGGUGACAACCCUGUUUAAGGAGCUUCAAGAGGCUCAUACAAAACUCAGUGAAGCUGAGCUAAUGAAGAAGAGACUUCAAGAAAAAUGCCAGGCCCUUGAAAGGAAAAAUUCUGCAACCCCAUCAGAAUUGAAUGAAAAGCAAGAGCUUGUUUAUAAUAACAGAAAGUUAGAGCUACAAGUGGAAAGCAUGCGGUCAGAAAUCAAGAUGGAGCAAGCCAAAACAGAAGAAGAAAAGUCCAAGUUAGCCUCUCUACAGCUGACACACAACAGGCUUCUUCAAGAAUACAACAGUGCAUUGAAAAUGAUUGAGGAGCUACAAAGGAAAGAGUCAGAAAAAGUGGAUAAGGUGGUGCUGCAGGAAGUAAAUGAAAAACUGGAACUGGCAGAGAAGGCCUUGGCCUCCAAGCAGCUUCAGAUGGAUGAGAUGAAGCAGACCAUCGCCAAGCAGGAGGAGGACCUGGAAACCAUGACUGUUCUUAGGGCUCAGAUGGAGGUUUACUGUUCUGACUUUCACGCUGAAAGAGCAGCGAGAGAGAAGAUUCACGAAGAAAAGGAGCAGCUGGCCUUGCAGCUGGCGAUUUUGCUGAAAGAGAAUAAUGCUUUUGAAGACGGAGGCAGUAGGCAGUCCUUGAUGGAAAUGCAGAGCCGUCAUGGGGCAAGAACAAGUGACUCUGACCAGCAGGUUUACCUUGUUGAAAGAGGAGCUGAGGAUAGAAACUGGCAGCAACAGCAACAACGGAAUAUUCCAAUUCAUUCUUGCCCCAAAUGUGGAGAAGUUCUGCCCGACAUAGAUACCUUACAGAUUCAUGUUAUGGACUGCAUCAUUUAAGUGUCGAUGUUUCACUUCCCCAACUGUUGGUAAAUGUCAAGAUUUUCUUCCUCCAAGAGUUGUACUUUUGUGUUAUUUGUUUCCACUCAAAUAUUUUGGCUCAUUGUUUGUUUUAGGAAAAAGAAAAUGCAUAUGUUCUAAACAGGACAUUUUUUGUGGAUUUCCAUAAACUCACAAAAUAGAAUCCGUAACAUACCAGUCUCCUGAUCAUAAAUUCACUUUUUUUUUAACGUUCAGUUUAUGUGAGCACGGACUGCUCAUGCAGUUAAUGAGCGUAUGACAUCAUGGGACAGAAUAAGUGUAGUUAGAUGGAAGAAGCCUCGCUGAGAGAUUUUAGGAACUUUUUAAGGAGGUAGGAAAAAUGAAGUGGUCACAGGUUUAAUCAAGUAAAGUGUCUUUGAAGUAUUUUUAAAAUAAAUUAUAUUGUUAUUUUUCUUCAUCCACAAGACACAUCUGUUUGGGGUUGUGUAUAUAUGUGUAUGUCGUAGUUUUAUGGCAGCCACAGUCAUUGCACCAAAGUUAUGAGAUGGCUCUUUCCAUAUAAGCACUGUAAGCUUGUACUUGAUCAUCCGGACAAGUGCAGAAAUACUGGCACACAUGACGUAGAGACGUCAGGUUUGCUGGAUUUCAUAUAACCAUCACAGUGUAAAGAAGUUAUCUUCAUUCUUUCAUUGUGCUGCAGGUAUAUGGGCCUAUACGGUAGACAGUUGAUUAACUGCUAAAAGGAACAGCUGUCUAUUAAUUUUCUUCCUGGAUCAGGCUAUGUAUUCAUAAUCACAAAAUAGUUACUGCAAAAUAAAAUUUUGCUUAUGACUCUUUCA